AGUUAUAAAGAUGAGCCGUGAAGUGUCUAUAUUCAAAUAGCACCAUGGAGCCCAGGGGACUGCUAAUAGCAAGUCUGAUUUUAUUUAUUCUUGUUACUAGCAGCCUAGGAGGACAUUUAAAAUCAGGGCCGACUCUGAAGAUGGACCAGGCUUUAUUGACAUUUCAAAACCAGCUGACUGAAGAAGUGCAGGUCUUCUACACCACAGAUUAUUGCUACAAGUGUGUGUAUCAACACAUGGUCACUGUGAAACCCAACAACAACAAUGAAUCGACAGUCAUCAGCACAAAAUUUACCCUGACUAUGCAAGUGGAAUCACAGAACAGGAAUGCAACUCUUUGCAGAUGGAGUCGGACGUAUGGAGAAGAUGGUCAUUACACUGUUUGGAUCAAAUUGUCAGAGGCUACCGGUAAUGCAAGCUGCAUCCAUACUGUGGAUAAAGUACCACACAACGCAUACCUACCUAUCCUGGUGGCAGCUCUCUUACUGGCUCUAAUUGCUCUCUUAUUCAUUGGAGCACCCUACAUCUACAGCAGACAUUGUACAACCAAAUGUAUUAAGACCAUUUGCUGCCAAAUGGAUAAUGAUGGAGGACAAUCAUUUGAAGAUGAGCACAAUACGACUAAAACUAAACCAACACGUCUGUGCUCUCUGGACACUUUUCGAGGGUUUGCCUUGACAGUCAUGGUUUUCGUGAACUACGGUGGAGGAGGCUACUGGUUCUUUCAACAUGCACCGUGGAAUGGUCUAACUGUCGCAGAUCUUGUUAUGCCAUGGUUUGUGUUUAUCAUUGGAACUUCAGUGGUGUUGGCUUUCAGAUCUAUGCAGAGGAGAGGAGUGAGCCGGCUGCAGCAGCUGCGCAAAAUCACCUGGAGAACAGGCGUCCUCGUGAUGCUCGGCUUCUGCUUCCUUAACUACUCUCCAAGAGAUGGACCACUUUCCUUGUCCUGGCUGAGAGUCCCUGGAGUGCUGCAGCGUCUGGGCUUUACUUACUUUGUUCUGUCUCUCCUGCAGACUUUCUGGGGCCAGAAAGAAAUCCCUCCGACAGCGAACCAUUUGGGCAACCCUGUUCAGGAUGUGAUCCUUUAUUGGCAACAGUGGCUGAUUAUCAUCUUGCUGGAGACUCUGUGGCUAUGCAUCACUUUCCUCAUGCCUGUGCCCGACUGCCCAACAGGAUAUUUGGGAGCUGGUGGAAUUGGUGAUAAAGGUCUUUACCCAAACUGCACUGGAGGUGCAGCAGGUUACAUUGAUAGAUGGAUGUUUGGUGAUAAUAUGUACCGAUACCCCACAUGCAAAGAAAUGUAUCUCACCACACAGCCCUUUGACCCAGAGGGGGUUUUGGGUACAAUCAACUCAAUCGUCAUUGGAUUCCUGGGGAUGCAAGCUGGAAAAAUUUUCAUUUUCUACAAGGGAAGGAACGUCCACAUUCUCUCGCGUUUCAUUGUGUGGGCUGCCAUCCUGGGAAUCUCUGCAGCCAUCCUUUCUAAGUGCACACGAGAUGGAGGAUUUAUACCUGUCAAUAAAAACCUUUGGUCGUUGUCUUAUGUGAUGUGUAUGGGCUGCUUCUCCUUCCUAUUGCUGGCAGGCAUAUACUUUGUAACUGAUAUGAAGAAUUGGUGGAGCGGACAGCCAUUCAUAUUCCCAGGUAUGAACUCUAUCUUUGUGUAUGUUGGCCACUCUCUCCUUGGUUUUUACUUCCCCUUCAGUUGGGAGAUGCGCUUCCAGGAAAGCCAUUGGGAAUGGCUCCUUCAAAGCCUGUGGGGAACUGCACUGUGGGUACUCAUUGCUUACCUGCUGUACAAGAAGAAUUUCUUUCUCAAAAUAUAAACCAAGAUCAACAGUUCAUUUUUAAUUCAAAUUUUUCAAGUGUAAAAAGAUGUGAUUGUUUAAAAGCAUAAAGAAUACAUCUCUGGGAGUUUCAAAUAAGUUUAGUUAAUUUAUCCAUGAAGUCACACCUAAACACUUUAAUUUGACUGAAUUCUACUGAUUCUAAUAUCCAAUCCAUCUGAGGUACGAGCAGAACAGAGGAACUACUUUAAGAGACUUUAUUUUUCAUUUAAAAAAGUAGGAAAGCCUUCAUCUAUGAAAGCAAUUUAAACAUCACUUGGUUUCUAAACAACAUAUCUGACCCAUUGUCAGAGUGUUCAGCUUUUAUUUGAUACCACUUUUUUUGUGUGCUGAACGGACUUAUUAAAUCAAAUAUAGCAAGGUGGUACUUAACAAAUUAGGUUGAGUGAUUCCACUACACACAAGGCCAGUCAUUAUGAGUCUGUUGCCAUGGCCACUCCUUUUCUGUGUGUGUUUGUGUGCCAGUACCAUCUGCUGCCCUCGCGACAGUACUUUUAUAGGGGUCAAGAUGAACAGCUCACAGUGAGAGUGUCAUCACGGGGACUGAAACCUCUUGCACUUAAUGUAUUGGAAAUCAGGGAAAUUAAAAAUAUUCAAUUCAUCAGUGCCCACCAAGACCUCUGAUUGUUUUUAACAGAUUUAUCCCACAAAGCUACUUACCUUCUGAAAUAAGGGUUUAUUUUUACACCAUAGGUUUGACUUUUUCCAUUUGGUUGACAAUGUGGUGAAGUUAUUUAUGGAUGCUUCUGUAGAAUACAUAAAUAACAGUUCUAAGUGUGCCCUCAGCAUAAGGUCAGGUGGUGUCAUGAAAGAAUCAUCGAGUUAAUGAAAUGAAACUGCACCAUGCUCUUCUUCCAGACUCAAAUCAGAUUACACCAUCCUCAGAAGCUGUAAUAACAUUGUGUGUAUAUUGUAGUGAUUUUAGUAAUUGCCUUAUGAACAGAGGUUAUUGUUUGAAUCCCAUAGGUACAUCUUGUCUUUUUGAACAGGACUCAAGUCCAUAAUUGCUUUUCCCAACUACUGUGCCAGCAAUGGAAAGUCAUAGCGGCAUCUUUUGUAUAUGAAAAAAAAUCAAUACGUACUCACCACAAUGGUCUUAAGUAUCUGUAGUGUAUGCUUUGAUUUGAAGUAUAACCAUUUAGUUUAGUUGACAUUGUGAGAGAUUUCGCAUUUCUCAUUAUACAUAGAGUUAUAUAUUUGCUAAUGCAGAAUUCUUGGUCUCUUAUACGAUUCAAUGAUCUUUGUUCUGUUUGUCCACCUAUAUAAAUAUAGUGUGUAGGUGAACAUUUGAGUAACGCAUUUCUUACCAUGUUCCAUCUUUAUUCAAACAUUGUAUCUUUGGGAAAGUCAACAUUUUCUGAUUUUCAUGACUGCUACAUUUUGAUGCAAAGUCUUUCUUUUUUAAACAGAGGGGUUGAAAUAAAACCUAAUUGUUGAAUACAAAA